UUACUGAUGGCCAGAUUUUUCCAACAGCUGCGACUUUUACUCUGGAAAAAUGGCCUUGGUGUCAUCAGACAACCGGGCUGGACUGUGGCCCUCCUGGUUUGGCCACUGGUUAUCUUCAUCAUCUUGGCCAUCACCCGCUCACAGUUCCCCCCUCAGCUGAAAGAGUCAUGCUAUGUGGCCCCGAGGAACCUCCCGAGUACAGGUUUCUUCCCCUUCCUCCAGACCCUCAUGUGUAACACAGACAGCUCCUGCCACAACACGUCUCGUCUGUUCGCCAAGAGAUCAACUAAGAACACCAGGGCAUCCUGGACAGAACACGAUGCAAAGAGGGUAUCCCUGCUGGCCCCUGGCACCCCUCUGCUGAUGAACAUCGGGAUGGGUGGUAGAGUCCGUGCUGUGCUGCAGGAGACAUCUGACCAGCCUGAGAUCAUGGAGAUCUGGGACAAGUUUCUGAAUGCCAGCCACCAAGGCAAACUACAUAACAUCUCUCUCAUGGAGGGAUUUAACAACACCCUACUGGGAGACGAGGAGGCGCUGGAUGCGAUGCUGGAUUCAGUGAACAUGUUAAAGAGGUCUCUGUGCUCCUUCUCGCUGACGUUCCUCAACGUGUCCUCCAUGUCCUCCGUCGACCCCCUCGCCUACGGACUGGUCACCUUCUGCAAGUCCAACAACACCCUGCUGGAGGUCUCACUGCUCACCAUCAACCAGGUGCUGACGGAGCUGAUGCUGAAAGACCCAGCGCAGGCCCUGACCACAAUUGGCACAGCAGUUGUGGUGUUUGACAGGCUUCAGAGGGAGACUUCACUGUGGGAGGGGCUACUGGGCCUGCCACGCCUCUUCAUGCCCACCACCCCCGAUAAGAUCCUGGAUCAGGUGCUGGACGAGGGGGAGAGUCUUCUGCACAACAUCAAGAGGACUAUGGCUGCCAUCGAGAGCAGCUUCCCAGAGGCUAAUCUUUCAGCUGUCUCCAUGGUGAACCCUGCUAUUGUCGGAGGCAUCAACCUGCUCCAGUACAUAAGGAACUGGCAUGGCAAAGAUGUCUACAUCACCCUUGGUGACGUUAUCAUGGUGCCACCCAAUACCUCAGUAGCAGCAGCCGUCAACACCCUCAUGCAGCAGGUCAGGAUACCACUAGACAAGGCUGUGGCGCUAACAAUGGACAAGGCCCUCUUGCAUUCCUACAUAUGUUCAGGAAACCUCAGUGAUGAGCUCCAAGCAGCUUGUACUGGAGGGACAGUGGAUAUGCUGCUGGGGUGGAUCAGUGCCGACAAGGUGGCCCAACAGAGCCUCCUGGCCUGGAGUAAAGACGCUGCUCCGGGGGAUGUGACCUUCACCAGAGGCCUCAUCCACAGCCUGAUAGGACUGUUUAUGGCCCCUGAGGUCCACGGCUCCUCCAACAAUAUCAGGUCCCAGCGUAGCAGCGACACGCAGCCUCAGAACACAGAGGAAGAGCUGUUCCUGAGUGUGGGCUCAGUAGCAGUCGAGCUUCUGAAGGGCAUUCCUGGCUGGAACUACGUUCAGAUGGCCCUCACCACCGGCCAUGCCUCCAUGCAGCUGGCUACGACAGGCUUGGACCCUCUACUGAAGAUGAUGGGAAAGGUGUCGACAGACGCCCAUACCUACCAGGAUAUCUUCAUCUCCUUGAUGUCCAACCAGGCUGCCGCUGACAACUUUGCUGGACAGGUCAUGGACUCAAUAGUGAAGUCAAUCAUGAAGGUCCUAACGUCUCAGGGACCAGUGAGGUGUGAUGAUCUGCUGGGCCAGUGGUCCUGGCUCUCCUCUCUGAGUUCCAUGGACCCCAGCAUGUGGAACGUCCUAUUCUGCCCAGGGAACAAGUCUCAUUUCCAUGACGCUCUGCUGGCUGAGUGGAUGCCUGUGGUUGCCAAGGCGAUUCAGCUAAUGAACAUAGUACAGGGCAGUAACACCACCAAUGUCACCCUUCCCAUGAUCCUCACUGAGUGGCAUGCGCUGGCUGGCUCCUUUGUCAGUGGUGAAGUGGCCUUGAUGAACUUCAGUAGUCUGUUGGAUGCUACCUACCUGGUGGGCUGGGUCCCUGUGAACAUCACUGCAGUGGACUGGACACAGAUUCUCAUGACAAGGGGUUUGGGGGCGUUCAUCACUGUUGGCUCUCACCUCCAGAACAGCCCACUGUGGCCGUCUAUGGAGUCAUACUUCCACAUCGCCUACUGGAUAAUGAACUACCAGCCCAACGUCACCGCUCCACCAAAUUGUACUGUUGAUUCUACCACAUAUGCCCCUAUCUGCAAUACUGGGUUUACCUGGCAGCAGUUUGUCCCAACCACCGCUGCUCUGGUGCAGGAGUUUUCUGCUAAUCCUGCUACAUUACUUAGGCAUGUCCAGGGCUACUUGUCUUUCCUCCAGGCUGUCCUUGGAAACAUUGCCACAGGCACGGUCACCCAGCUCCUCAGCUCUGACCUAGUCCCAGGGGACGGCUCCAUCCGAGCCCUCCUGGAGAACCUGAUCACCAUCCUGAACAAGGACAUCACGCUGGUCUCCAACCUCACGUCCUUGGAGCAGUUCAGCACCAACCCCGAGCUGCCCCUCUCUCUCCUGGGGGAGAUGUUAGAGGCCCUGGGCCUGAAGCCUCUGGAAGCCCUGUGGACCCAGGGAGGUGGAUCCCAGGCCCCCAACGCCUCAUCUGUGAUGGCCAUUGCCCUGAAGGUGGCCAAGAACACCCAGCAUCUAAUUACCGGGCACCCCGUCGACAACGCCAACAUGACAGACCUGGCCGGGCUGGAGGCUCUGCUGAUGCAGUGGCUCUCAGUAGCUCAGGGAAACCUGACCCUGCCUCUGUCUCUCAGUAUGGGAGACGCUCUGAUCACCUACUCUGGCUCUUUCAAUGCCACCUCCCUGGCCUUCCUCAGACACCUGCUCCAUCCUCUCACCAACCAGAGCUCAGCGGGCAUAGCAGACAACAUCCUGCGGGCCAUGGAGCAGCUAAAGACUGUGCUGGAUGCUCCUAACGGUGAUUCAACGCCUAUUCUCCUGGGGUAUGUGAUCCAACUACAGGAGUUUUUGGUCUCGACUAUACAGCUACACAGAUAUGAGCAGCUCCUGCUGCCGGAUGGGAACCUCACCACAGCUCAGGUGACAGACCUCCAUCUGGCUGUGGUGGACCUCUUCCAGCUCCUGUCCUUCCAACAGCUCAGCCAGGCUGGGGAUCAGCCUGCCCUGCAGGCACUACUACAGAGACUCACUGCCCUGCUACCUCCACAGCUCCAACAGCAGUACCUGGGGAUGGUCAGCCACUUCCAGGCUGUGAUGGAGAGCUUGGUGUCAUGUACAGCGGCAGGUCAGGACUGCACUGCUGCGGUCCCACAGGUGUUCCAGAUCCUGACAGGGGCAGUUGAGGCUCUGCUGGCAGCCAGUGGGGACUACGUGUUCAGUGGAGGUCAAGCUAAACCCAGCAUGCCAAGCCAGGAGUCCAUGAAAGUGACGGUCAACCUGCUCACUCUCCUCUUUGCCUGGCAUGAUACCGACAUGUCUAACAAUAUGUCCGCCACGCCAGAGUCUGUCCUCAAGACCGUGGCCCAUACUGACCUCUUCCUCCAGCAGAUCACAUCGACGCCCAACAUCAGCAUAUCCUCUCUCCAGCAAGCUAUGCUACAAUCCAACUUUACCCUGGGGGAGCUGGAGAAGAUGGCUGCCCUGGCCGGAGCAACCAACGCACCAGCUCUACUGGCUAGCAUCAUGGGUGUCAUCAAUAUGCAACAAUGCCUGGAGCCCCAGCCAAACAAUCCCAUCAGCCUGGCCCAGUGUGCACUGGAGCUGAGUGAGAGAGUCACUGGUUUUAUCCUUGCGCUGCCUAUACCUCCGGGAAGCCAGUCCAACUGCACAGCGCUAAUAUCCCUCCUCCCCAUCCUGGUCAACCACUCUGUGAGUAUCGGUCUUGCCGCCGGCUCUGGCCCAACCCCACUCGUGCCAACAUCUGAGGCUAUCACAGCUACCAUAGCCAGCAUCAGAGAGAAUCUACAGCAUCUCAACCUGGAGUCUGUGGAGCUGAUCAGUAACGAGCUCCAUGUCCUUGAGGGUUUGAUCAAACUGUCCGCCUCUGGACAGUCUUCAGCCUACUCACUCAAUUCCACUGAUCCACUGAUGAAGGACCCGGUUUAUGCACAGAAGGUGUAUUUGGAGAUAGCACAGUGGUACCUGAGGAAACUAGAGAAUGUGACCAGAACCAGUACCUUCUCAGAACUCCUGGACCCUUUCUUCCAUAUGGCAGAGAUGCAGCUGGCUCUCCAACUCUCUCAGACCGAAUUUACCAUCUUUGUUAGUAAAGAGGUUGAGUAUUUGAUGAGAAGUAUCCAAUACCCCAUCAACGGGACAGACGUGAGUGAAACUGGCCAAUCGGUCAUCAGGAUAGUCAAGGGUAACCUGGACCUGUUCAAGUUAAACAUUGCUCACCAAGAGGUUUUGCAGAACUCUUUCGGUAACUUAAACUGGCUAAACCACAGCUUGUUAAGCGAGGUCGAAACCCAGAUCAGGGAGUACUUCAACCUGACACAGGAUUGGCUGAGAGAGCCCAGUGUGACCCAGGUCCUGACCAAUAUGCUGCAAUGGAACAUAAGCGGUGGGAUGAUGAACGUGACUUCUCCUGGGAUGGACCUCCAGCAGCUUCUGAGGACCCUCGGCCCUUUCCUCACCCCAGAGCAACAGGCCUACCUCACAGCCAUCCAACACAACAGCCAGGCUCUCAACCAGGUUCUGUUGGUGGCCAGUCAGGAGGGAGGUAUGGGUAGUGACCAGUUCAUCCAGUCGAUCAUGGAUGCUGCAAGCUCUGUCCUGAGUGGCUUCACCAUGGGCCUCGCACCACAGAAUGUCACUGCAGAGAUCCAGGGUAUUCUCCAGGGUACCCUCCAGCUGGCAUUCAGACCUAACAUGAGCUACGCCCAGUCACUCAACAUCACCAUGGAGAUCGUCAGGAGGGCAGAGGGCGUGGUUAGAUUGCUGGUCCCCCAGGAAGCUGUUGGGUAUCUGUUGCCAGGGUUCAGGUUCAUUAGCACCUACCUUGAGACCGUCUCCAGACCUGGCGGGCCUGAUAAGUGGAAUGAGAUCAUUGUGAACGAACUGAAGAUGGUGCAGGGCCUCCUGGACCCUAACAGCAGUGCCCAUGUCUAUCUCUCUGUCAUCAUCAACAUCACUCAUUUCAUCCUGGACUCCAGCCAAAGCCAAGUGCGUCUGCUGUCCUAA